CGGAGAUCGAAUUUGAAUUUAUACCAAACCGUAUCCGUUCGACGGAUGAAGAUUAAUAUUCAUUAAUCGCUAGACUUCGUCUGAAUUGAAUAAUUGAUUGUUUAAUACACUGCGUUGUUUACCACAGCGAUUUUUAAAUAUUCAAGCAAGAUAUUAAUAAAGAUAAAUAUUCAUUAAUCGCUAGACUUCGUCUGAAUUACUUGUUUAAUACACUGUGUUGUUGUGAUCCACAGGGAUUUUUAAAUAUUCAAGCAAGAUAUUAAAUUAUUGACAAUUUUGAAUGGUCAACACAAUUUCGGAUUUGGAAACUGGAAAACCCCUAGCAGGGAUAAGAAAAUGAAAAUAGUGUGUACAGUUGAAAUAGUAAACCGAGCUCUUCCUUCUUUAAGUUUGCCCAACAAAAAGGGAGUAAAAAGUAGCUUAACUAUUGGUAAAUCUCCUGAUGGUAGUAUAUUUUUGCUUCAUCAGACGAAUCAAAAUGUUCCUGGAAACAAAUUUAAGGUCUUGAACAAUAUACAGACAGUUUUCACCAAAUUUGUUAACGAAGGGAAAUCCACGAUCCGUCUGAAAGAACCAGAAUAUGACCUAGCUAUAAAAUGUGACCCUGUCCAACUUAAAGCAUUUUUAAAGACUUUGAAAUGUUGCUUGGGUGGGAUUCCGUCAAGCCAGUUGUCUACAAUAGGAAGCUGUGUUCAGAGUAAAGCCCUUAAACCUGUCAAGACAAAGAUGAUAGUUUCGUGUCGAGAUGACUACCCAGUGUUAGAAGGAUUUCCUCGGACGUUAGAGUUGUUGGUUAUUAAUAGUGCAAAUAUAAAAACAUUGGACAGCCGUAUUUUGCGGCUAAGAAACUUAAGAGUGUUAAAUCUAGAAAACAACUUUCUGACUACACUUCCUGAGCAGUUUGGGUCGUCUCUUCCGAACCUCACGGAGCUUUGUAUCGCUAACAAUGACUUUGGCUGUGGUCGAGAUUGGAGGUGGAUUGUUAACAACAAACUACAAAAACAGCUCAGAUUGCUAGAUCUGCGUAGAAACAAAAUAUCCGUUCUUCCUGACAGAAUAGUGAAGCUUGUGAACUUGGUGACUUUAAAAUUGGACCACAACUCCAUCAGAACCCUUCCCAAUGGUAUUGAUCUUAUGAGGAACUUGAGGUAUUUCUCUGCAAGUGAUAAUGAACUGUGCUAUGUGCCGAGAGGGAUCUUUGACUUGAAGCUAGAAGAUGUAGACCUAAGUGGAAAUAACAGUUUUGGAUACUGUAAGGCCAAGAGUAAACCAGGACUUAACGACUUCAUGACAACUCCCAAGCUGUUUGACAUCGCAGCUUCUAGUGUGAUAAACCAUAAGUUACAAUAUUCAGCCGAUACACUGCCUCUGACUGUGAUUGAGUACUUGGAGGGAGUCACGUUCUGUACUUGCGGCAAAGCUUGCUUCUCGUCUCAGCCUGUCAGCUACGUCACAACCUCCUGCAACGGAUCUGCAUGGAAAUCCGUCACGUCUUCUCACGUUCCUUACGUUGUAGCUGUAAGAUACUGCUCUAGUCACUGUUACUUGUCUAAUUCGGCUAUGUGGCAGAAGUAGGGUUAAUGUUUGUAAAUGUAACUUUCCAAGUGUCACACAGUCGCCAGUGAUAAAUUCCAUCGUGCCAAACAAUAUAAUAAGGGAAUUUUCUAAUGUUAUUGUGGACACAGCUGUACAUCAGAACUUGCAUUUAGCUUCUCGUAGGUUUUUUAAGGUGUAUGCACUAUUAACGUUACCCUAUUUAUUGAACGGUUCAAGUACCCCGAAAAGUGUAGUUUUAUAUGGCCUAAGCAUGGGAAAGCAAACCUUAAAAUUUGCUAUCAGAAAACUUGGUUAUAAUUAAGUAACGAUCAAGGUUUUAAGCUGAGAGAUUAUGGUUGGAACAACUAUGUCACUCUGAAUGUGACUCUUAAAGUGGAUCAGGUUGACUCAUGGUUAUUUUGAAGUAAAAGUUAACAAUUAAAUUUAAUAUCGCUUUAGUUACAAAAAAAAACAAGGAUAUUUUUGCAAGGAUGCAAUUAGUGAAUUGUUGCUUUUUUAUAACUUUGAGCAUAUAAGCCAUGCAAUGUGGUGUACCAGCAAAAAUAAUUCUGCAUCACUGGCACUGUUAAUUAUUAUUGUGGAUCAGCUGUUUCAGUGUUAACUAUUAUUGUGGAUCAGCUGUUACAGUGUUAAUUAUUAUUGCGGAUCAGCUGUUGCAGUGUUAUUGUUCAACUUGAAUAUGACAUCAUAAGCCUAACCUAUGGAUUGGUGAGUUUUAAAGCAUUAAAUGUUAUGAACGUGGUUACAGUAAUUCUAUAAUCCUUCAAUGGUAGAAUAAUACGCAACUCAACAAUUACUUUAAUAUUUGGUUUAAAAGUACAGUAGAACCCCUGAUAUCCGGCCUUGGUUUUACCCAAAGUCCUCUGUUUAUCCGCCCCCUUCUAGGAAGCCAAUAACAAAUGGUUUUCUUUCUCACAGCUUACAGACGUGUAGAUGCAAGCACUAGUCUUUGCGACUUGAGAGUUGUCACUACUUAUCUGUUUAUAAAUACAUUUUACUGUGUCACUACUUGAGCUAGAGGCCUAACCUCUGAACAGUUGGUGGAUUGUUUCCAAAAUGGGGUUAGUACAGUCAAUUAAUUGUUGUAUUUCACAAAAUGGAUAAGAAAGUUGAGUAGAAUUGUAUGUACCAUUUAAGUCCUAAUUAUCUCCAAGGCAAAAUUAUUGUAAUUUGUAGUACCUUUAUUAUGAUGUAAAAAGUUUAACGCCACACUACGUUGUUUUGACAAACUUCCCACACAAAGAUUUAGUCCAGAAAACAGCUGUUUGCCGCCAGCUUAAUGAAAUGGGGUUUCAUUACAUACUACUGUACUAUAAUGAGUUUUACCGACACCAACCAGCUGAUUAUAUGAUGUACUUGGCAAGAGCGGUUAGUUUAUAAAACAAAAACAUAACUUCUCUUAGAGGGUAUGACUAGUGAUUGUUAGUCCUUUAGUCGGUGGAAAUAUAUAAGGAUUUGUACGGACUUAGUAUGGCGUAAAAUAUCGUACGUCACUCGUCCCGUAAACACCUAUUUUCAGGACUAGUAACAUAAUAUACUACUCAUGUAAAGAUAACCUCUCAAUCAUUUUGUCUAUUAUGAUGGUGUUAGUGUAUAUUAUACUAUCAAUAUAUUGAACUAUUGACAAGAAUGCAAAAAUGCUACAACCGAUGAAAUCAAUCAAUACAUAAUUUAAAAUAUGCGAUUACUUACAAUUGAAGUAUACAACACCUGACUUUACUCCCUAGGGGCUAAAAUGGUUUUUUACUCCAUAUCCCUGUGGAGCAAAAGCACUAUUUUAGACUCGCAACACAUGUACUAUUAAAAUGGCGGUUUUUUCUGCAGUAUGACAAUAGCUAUUUGUGUAACUAGUGUGCGAAGUGGCACUUUGCGCUCGUGUUAAAAAACAUAUUUGUCCUACAGUUACUAAAAAGCAUAUAAAUAGUAUUUCAAACACUAACCACCAGGUUAAGUCAUAGUAUCAAAAUUCAAAAGGCUGUGAAACGCUGCACCAGCUGAUUGUAGUUGUAGUAUCUUUAAGUGUUGCCAACUUCUUUUCAAGCUUACACUUAGUAUGUGCCUUAUAAAGCACACUGUUUUGUGUUGUUUGGAAUACUGGAGUGCAGAAAAAUUAAGUAAAUGCAGAAAUUAGCUACUUUGCAUGCUGUUACCAGUGCAAGGAAGCCUUCUUUGUCGGAUAACUGUUGGAAAAAUUGUUGUUGGUAGCGCGACAGGCUACAAAUCCAUUGCAGCGGUGUUGUGUGUUUGCACAGGCUAAUGUAAGAUGUCAAAGAGACUGUCAACCUCUUAAAAAGACUUGGAAAGUUUGCAAAACACUUUAUAGUCAUAAAAUUAAAAACUCAUUCUUGAUGACGGAAACAUUCUGGUUUGCUGGAUGCAUUUUUAAUCCAGUAAACAUUGACCAAAUCUUACAUUUUGCACUUUUUUGUUCAUCAAUGACAUUUUGAAAAUAAAUUAUCCUUAAUUCUUUGUUUGCUUGAUCGCAGCCUGUACUUAGUCAUGAUGGUCUGUGAAAUUUAAUUUGAAUUGAAUAAAUGUGUUUUGUUUGUAUGUAAGUAGUUUGUUUUUGUUCUCUAAGCGGUGAAAUUAUACUCACCCAUCCACUAUUAAAGCUUUACUAACACCCCUUUUUUAAUGCACAAAGUGUUUGUUUUUAAGUAAAACUUUCGGUUUUUUUAGAUUAUAUUUGUUCCGUUAAGUCAAUCAUGUGGCUGUUUUAUCAAUAAAUUUUGUAUGUAUUGUGUUGA